AUGCGCGAUAAUUGGGAGGAGCAGAAGGAGAAACAGUUGAAGUGCUCAAGCCAGACAACUCCAACUCGACAGUUUCCGAGAGACUACGAGAACCUUUUGGAACGGGUCGUGGAUCGAGACAAAGAUAAACAGGCACUCCUUUUUAACCAGGAUGAUGGAGUGGAUGAACGAGACCGUGUUAAAAUCCAGGCGGAGUUGAAGGACUUUAAGGACAAAGUGAGCGCGUUGGAAAAGGAGCAGAAGAAGCAGGAGGCCAAGCAAAACAAAGACCUUCGCUUAAAGUCAAAGCUGGAGGAUGAUAUUACUCACGCUGAAUGA